CUGCCUGCACUCCGAUUGGCCUCGCGGGCCGUCUACCUCCGGCCGGACAUACCGACAUCAGCUUUUUGUACGACUGUUGGCCCUGGAAGACGAUCCUUUGGUGGCGAGGGCGGGGAGGAAAAAAGCGUCCACUGUGGAUUGGACGGUGUCAAAAAGAGGGGCGGUCCCUACUGAAGGGGCGGUUGGGCGACCAAGGGAGAGUCUUUUCAGCGCUGAGGACUGGCGCUGAGGAGGCGGCGGUGGCUCCUGGGGCGUUUGAGCGGGCUCACGCGAGCCCGCGGGCCAACGCGGAUCCAGGCCCGACCGGCGGGACCGCCCCGGACUCCCCGCGGGCCUUCCUAGCCGCCAUGGAGGACGGCGUCUAUGAACCCCCAGACCUGACUCCGGAGGAACGGAUGGAGCUGGAGAACAUCCGGCGGCGGAAGCAGGAGCUGCUGGUGGAGAUUCAGCGCCUGCGGGAAGAGCUCAGUGAAGCCAUGAGCGAGGUGGAGGGGCUGGAGGCCAAUGAGGGCAGUAAGACCUUGCAGCGAAACCGGAAGAUGGCAAUGGGCAGGAAGAAGUUCAACAUGGACCCCAAGAAGGGGAUCCAGUUCUUGGUGGAGAACGAGCUGCUGCAGAACACACCCGAGGAGAUUGCCCGCUUCCUGUACAAGGGCGAGGGGCUGAACAAGACAGCCAUCGGGGACUACCUGGGGGAGAGGGAAGAGCUGAACCUGGCAGUGCUCCAUGCUUUUGUGGAUCUGCAUGAGUUCACCGACCUCAAUCUGGUGCAGGCCCUCAGGCAAUUUCUAUGGAGCUUUCGCCUCCCCGGAGAGGCCCAGAAAAUUGACCGGAUGAUGGAGGCCUUCGCCCAGCGAUACUGCCUGUGCAACCCUGGGGUUUUCCAGUCCACAGACACAUGCUACGUGCUGUCCUUCGCCGUCAUCAUGCUCAACACCAGUCUCCACAAUCCCAAUGUCCGGGACAAGCCAGGCCUGGAGCGCUUUGUGGCCAUGAACCGGGGCAUCAACGAGGGCGGGGACCUGCCUGAGGAGCUGCUCAGGAACCUCUACGACAGCAUCCGAAAUGAGCCCUUCAAGAUUCCUGAGGAUGACGGGAACGACCUGACCCACACCUUCUUCAACCCGGACCGGGAGGGCUGGCUCCUGAAGCUGGGGGGCCGGGUGAAGACGUGGAAGCGGCGCUGGUUUAUCCUCACAGACAACUGCCUCUACUACUUCGAGUACACCACGGACAAGGAGCCCCGAGGAAUCAUCCCCCUGGAGAAUCUGAGCAUCCGAGAGGUGGACGACCCCCGGAAACCGAACUGCUUUGAACUUUACAUCCCCAACAAUAAGGGGCAGCUCAUCAAAGCCUGCAAAACCGAGGCGGAUGGCCGAGUGGUGGAGGGAAACCACAUGGUGUACCGGAUCUCGGCCCCGACGCAGGAGGAGAAGGAUGAGUGGAUCAAGUCUAUCCAGGCGGCUGUGAGUGUGGACCCCUUCUAUGAGAUGCUGGCAGCGAGAAAGAAGCGGAUUUCAGUCAAGAAGAAGCAGGAGCAGCCCUGACCCCCUGCCCCCAACUCCAUUAUUUAUUACGGAGCUGCCCCGCCUCGGUGGCCGGACCCCUGGGCCUUGGGGCUGUGGAUCCUGGUUCCCUGUUUGGAAAAUUCACCACCUCUAGCUCCUCUCUGUUCUUUGUAAUUAACACGCUGUUGGUAAUCUUAUUAAUUAUUUAACCACUUGGCCUGCUGACCCCCUCAUUUCUUGGGAUUGACGGAGCCGAGGUGCUCGGUGGAGCCAGCCUGUUUCCCUGGACAGGGGCCUGGACCCGCCUGUGUCUGUGGGUGCUGCCUGGGUGUGGCUCCUGGGGCCUGUCCCGCCGGGUCUGUUCUGGUUUCACCCCGAGCGCAGCAGGAGUGGAGGAAAGGGAGAAGGUUAAUAUGGUGGAAGUCUGGAAGUCUAGAGUUGGAAUUGGCCAGGGACGGAGUUUAGAAUGCAGGGGUUCAGGGUUAAGGUCUAGCAUUCAUUCUAGAAGUUGCCUGACAGCCAUCAGCCAGUUAUGCUACAGCCAUCAGCUGGUUCCCAUCUUUGCUUUCUUGGGGCUUGAGGUCUUUGAGGGGCAGGAGAUAAAACUGAUGAGGUGAGCUGGGCCAGGGCUUUGAGGACAACCUGGAGCUGGAAGAACUAUAAAUGUGACCACCUCAGGGAGGGUCAGGGAAGGAUGAGUGGGGAGGUGGCCAUGUUCUGCAAUGGCCUUGGUGAUGGGAUGUCCUGAAGGGCUGGGCACCCUUAGAUGGGGCCAAGAGGGCUGCACUAUGGGCUAGUGCCAGAGUCAGGCUUGUCUGUCCCCAAAGGAUCAGCCUCCUUUGGAGGACAUUUUGUGUCAAGGAUAGGGCUGAGGACCGGUGUUCUUAACGUCUUACGUAACUGAGAUUCUCGACCGCCAAAGAAAUAAUGAGGAUCACCUCUAUGAAGGUCAAGUCUUGGCAUGCGGGGUACCCCUGAAUCCUGGGCUAAGGCCUGUGCCCUUUUGCCCUCCAGUUGGGGUAUACAUGGUGUCCCCAAAGAACAAGGGCUCGUGGAUCCCGAGAAGGGUGCGAUGGCGGAUUGGGAGGUCCCAUGUCACUCUCCCAUGCCCGCCUUUAAAGCCGAGGAGCUCUUUAGUUAAACAACAGAUAAACAAAAACCUGCUACUCCUGGCAGGGCCCGGGACAGGGACGUGGGUCGAGAGGCAUCUGUGGCGCUGAGGCGUGCUGCGAGUUGUAGUCCCUCCCGCCCGCUGUGUUCGCUGUUGAGCUCUCCGAUGGGGUCUGGCGCUUGGGAAUUUUGGGCCUUUAUCCCUGUCCUGCCCUUGGCCACAGGCACCCGCCGGCCUGAAGGGUCCUGCAGUGCAUGUACCCUGCGCUCCUCCGCGGGAAGAUGGACUACAGUUCCCGGCAGGCUGUGCGGCGCCCCCGCCACGGUAGACCCAGACCAGAGGUUUUCCGGGCGUCCGUUUCCCGAGACUCUGUGGCGGUGUUUGCCUUCUUUUCCUUGGUUCGAUCCCGUACUUUUGUGGAGGGUAGAGAGGAGGCUUUGACUGCCGUGGCCCCAGGGACUGGUGGGAAAUGGAGUUCCAAAUGAGAAAAUAGAAUUCCCCACUUCUCUUUCCCACAGGUGCCAGGGAAGUGGAGUCAUCGACCCAAGAAGGUCAUGGGAGAUGAGGUCCCGGGGUAAACAGCGGGUCCUGCCACUAGGUCACCCUUUCCUGCCGCCUCCCCGGAUGAACUGCGUGCAGGCCGGCCGGCUCCGUUGCAGGCAGAGGCAGGAAAAGGCGCGGAGCCCGCUCGUGGCGAAGAGGGGAGUGCGGUGGAAGGGGAGGGCAGAGGCAGGCGGCCGGUCGCGUGGGGCCUGGGCCGCCCCAGGAGGGCCUCUGGAUGGAUUCUUAGCAGAUGGAAGCCGUGCAAGGGCAGGAGGCAGGGGCCUGACGUGUUUGGAUUGAGGUUGCGGGAGGGGCCCCUGGCUGCUGCAGGGAGAAUAAUUUGGAGGCGAGCAGGUAGGUGAGAGGAGACUGUGCGGUGCAGGAUGGCGUGGCUGUGGAGGCAGAGAACGAUGGACCACGCUAGGAGUCUUGAAAGAGGAGCCAAAAGGACUUGCUGAGAGCUGUGCAGCUGGUGAAUGACAGUGCUAUGGCCGAGGUGGUCGAAGAGUAUUUUAGGGGAAAUCAGUCAUUCCGUUUUGACCAAAUUAAGCUGGAGAUGCCUGUGGAACAUUCCAGCCAGGCUGCACCACUUCACACUGAUCUUCAGCAUUGCCCACAGUCCAUCUUCCGCCAGGGCCUGAAGAUUCUGACUUCUGGCUCCCUCCUCACCCAGGGCCCCUAAGCUCCCAGCACGCUUCUUUUUUUUUGUUUUGUUUUGGGUUUUUUUUUUUUUUUUUUUUGGUCUUUGUUUUGUUUGUUUGUUUGAGAGGGAGUCUCGCUCUGUCCCCUAGACUGGAGUGCAAUGGCUCCAUCUCGGCUCACUGCAACCUCCGCCUCCCAGGUGCAAGCAGUUCUCUUGCCUCAGCCUCCCGAGUAGCUGGGAUUACAGAUGUGUACCACCAUACCCAGCUAAUUUUUGUAUUUUUAGUAGAGACGGGGUUUCACCAUGUUGGCCAAGCUGGUCUCGAACUCCCGACCUCAGGUGAUCCACCUGCCUCAGCCUUCCAAAGUGCUAGGAUUACAGGCGUGAGCCACUGCGCCCGGCCUCAGCCCACUUCUUUCAGGUGGCUAUGGUUUGGAUAUCACUUGUCCUCACUAAAAUUCAUGUUGAGAUUCAAGCCCCAGUGUGGCAGGUGUUGGGAUGUGGGGCCUGAUAGGAGCUAUGUGGUCAUGGAGAUGGAUUCCUCAUAGAUUAAUGCCUGCCUUCAGGGGUAAGUGAGUUCUCACCCUUGGGAAUUUGGUUUUCUCUCCCUUGCUUCCUUCAGCACCACGUGAUCUCUGUGUACACAGCAACAUCCUUCUGCCCUCCCCCAAGAGCAGAAGCAGCCUCAGGGGUGAGGGAGGUCCUCAGCGAGUGCACCUGCCCAGUCCUGAACCUUCCAGCCAUCAGAAUCUGAGCCAAAUCAUCCUCUUCCUUCACAAAGACCCGGCCUCAGUUCUUCUGUCAGAGCAACAGAAAAUGGACUCAGCACGGGUCAAAUUGUGUCUCCCCACCCCCACAAAACAACUUAAUAUUAAAAUCCUAACCCCCAG